GCCUGGCCAAUAUGCGUUGAUCAUACCUUUCGCCUUCCUUCCAGGCGUUUUCUCCUAGUCAAGCCAUCAACGGAGUAAUUUGCUACUAUUAUCUCUUCAUGAAACGAGCUGUUGCACAGCGCAACACAAGCAUAAUGAUCCUGCGACCUGCCAUUACUAUUUGCUUUUUAUCAACUCCCCAAUUGUGACUCCGUACGCUCUGCACUGUGUCUGACGUCGCACAUACAUGCUUAGUCCAGAGAAGACCGUUUUUGCUUGCUGUUUUUUUCUUUGCUGUUUUCUUCUUGUCUUGGAAUAUCUCUUCUAUUGUCGACACAAUCUAUCAAACACUCUCAGUAGCACUAUAGUGCUCUUUACAUGUCAUAUCUCAUCAAGGUAAUGCUGACUUGACUGAUCUGCCUUGUGACUUUGAGUUUCAUCGCACGUUACCCGCAGUUGAGCCUAUGGAUCUCGGCGCUUCGGAAGCCAGGAGAAAGUCUGAGCCUUCAUUUCUGGAGCGGAAAUUCCGAAGCCUGAAUCUUCGGAGAAAUGCUUCAGACACAGCUGUCGAGAUCAUCGGGAGUAAAGGACUCGUUCUUCUCUACGAGCCUGCCGAUUGUCACGUCGACUUCAUCUUCGUCCACGGACUAGGUGGUGGGUCCAGGAAGACAUGGAGUGCGUCGCCCAAUCCGGCUCAUUACUGGCCCAAAGAAUGGCUUCCUGCCGAUCCCGAUUUCAGACAUGUCAGGAUACAUAGUUUUGGCUACAACUCUGACUGGCUUCAGCGCCAGCAAAAUCUGCUUACAAUUCACGAUUGGGGUCAAGAUUUGAUGGAGCAGAUUCGGAAUAAACCGAACAUUAGACAUGCUACCACUCCUGUUGUCUUCAUUGGCCAUAGUAUGGGAGGCUUGGUAAUUAAAAAAGCAUGCAUACUUGCGAGAGAAACUUCACGAUAUGAAAAUUUUGCAGAGCGCAUCCAUGGUGUAUACUUCUUGGCGACGCCGCACAGAGGGUCUCGACUAGCUCAGGUUUUGAGCAACCUGCUGAAACUAACACCAUUUGGUGACAAGCCAUUCGUCGGUGCUCUCGAGCAGGGUUCCGAGACUAUCAUUCAGCUUAAUGCGGAAUUCUGUCACUGCAAUGGCAUAGCCAUUUGCUCUUUCAUAGAAAGCAUCCCGACUAAUUUGGGGUUUGGAUCAAGUUUUAUCGUAGACAAACUUUCGGCUACACUAGGCUAUGACCAUGAAAGAAUCCAAACACUCAAUGCCGAUCACAGAAGUAUCUGCAAGUUCGACAGUCCGAAUGACUCCAACUUCCGGACACUGAGAGACAGCCUUGCCUCAACUGUCGAUGAUAUUGAACGCUCUGUACCAAUGGUACGGCAGCAGGUCCAACACCAAGAAAUGCAAACCGUCUCGGCAUUCUUGGCUGUCUCUGACAGUCCGAUCGAUGAACUCUCUAAUCUCAAUGACGCCAGGAUGCCGGGAUCUUGCGAAUGGUUUACUAGUGGCAAGACCUUUCUCGAUUGGCAGUACGGCGAGGACUGUACACGUUACUUUUGGCUCACAGGUCAGCCUGGUGUAGGCAAAUCAGUCAUCACCGCGCAUGCAAUAGAAUGUCUGGGCGACAUGACCUGCAGUUACUACUUUUUCAACCACGAAGGAGAAAACAAACCCUCCUUGGGUGGGAUGUUACUAUCUCUGGCUUACCAGAUGGCGAAGAAGAGCAGCGUCAUACGAGAAAUGAUUCUUGGGCUUUCGAAAGACGUUUUGGGCAAGGAUGAUUACCGUAGAGUUUGGCGGAAACUCUUCAUGGGCGGUAUAUUCUUGACGAAAUUCACCACGACGCACUACUGGGUAAUAGAUUCACUCGAUCAAUGUGUUGCCACAAAGGAGGACCUCGACAAUUUCUUCAGUCUUCUAGCAAACAUCGAUGGCUGCAUCCCUGUCAAAGUUUUUAUCAGCAGCCGCUUCUCGGAUGAUUACGAACGGCUAUUUAGAAGGCUACCGUAUGUAACCAUACAGAUCUCUGCAGAAGAUUCCUUACAUGACAUCCGGAUUUAUGUUGAAGCUCGUGUAAAAGAGCUCACUAUCGAAAACGAGGAAAUGAAAAUCAGUUUGGUCGAAACAAUGGUGCGAAAGUCUGCAGGGUGUUUUCUGUGGACCGUUCUCGUUAUGGAGGAGCUCCUGCUGGAUGGAUUCACUUCCCAGGAUAUCGAAGAAAUUCUUGAUGAGGUGCCUGAGAAAAUGGAUUUAUUGUACCGCCGGAAUCUGGAGAUCAUGACGAACAAGACUCGCUCGAGAAAACUUGCUCGCUCCAUACUGGUCUGGACACUUUGUGCCACAAGGGCUCUCACUAUUGACGAAUUGAAAGAUGCCAUCAGGUUAGAUACCGGGGCCAUUGUUACGCGCGACCUGGAAAGAAAUCUACCAACCAUCUGCUGUCACUUUGUGGUUGUAGACAAGCAGAAGAGGGUUCAAAUUGUCCACGAGACGGCUCGUGCCUUCCUACUCAAUCCAAAACUCAAGUCAGAUUUCCGAAUCCAGAUACCGUUGGACAACGUUCAGCUUGGGCUGGCCUGCCUGAGAUCCCUGACGAGCGAUCGAACAACAAUCACAGCGAAAUGUAAAGGCUCUACAGAUCACGCGCUAUUUGAGUAUGCUUGUUUGUCAUUCUCGGAGCACUUGGCUCGAUCUACUUCUUCUUCCGAUGCCCUCUUCCUUGCGCUCAUGGAGUUCCUAAAUAGAAGCGUCCUGAUAUGGAUCGAGACAAUGGCUAAACGAAAGUUUUUGGAUUGUCUCAUGAAAACGGCGACGCAUCUGAAAGCAUAUCAGCUGAGGAGAGCCAAGUACGCCGCACCGCUGCGGGAUAGUGUAAGUUCUUGGGCUCUAGAUCUCCCUCGAAUCGUCACAGAGUUCGGUACCAAUUUGACGAACCACCCUUCCGCCAUAUACAAUCUCAUUCCUCCCUUAUGUCCCAAGAGUUCGGGUCUCUAUCGUCAAUUUGGCUCUUUGGAGACUGGCCUCCGCCUUAGAGGACUAUCUAACUCUGACUGGAACGAUCGAAUAUCAUGCUGGCACUACAACAAGACGGCGAGAUCCAUCGCUUGUCAGGACCAGUGGUUCGCUAUUGGGCUUUCGGAUGGAUUGAUACACAUGUACUGGACGUCAACAUGUCAAGAAUUCAUCCGUUUGAAUCACGGAGAGGCUGUAAGGAUCCUCUGCUUCGGGAACCUUGGAAAGACCUUGAUUUCUACUGGUCUUCGCAUCAUCAAAUUGUGGGACGUGAGCAUUGGGUCUCUGUUGUGGGAGUACCGACUGGAAUCCGAUCCUAUGGCAGUCAACUUCAACGAUGACGACAGGAGAGUAGUGGCCGCUACGAGGUCGAAGCAACUUUUCACUUGGUCGACGGAAAAUGGCAAUCUGAUCUCGCAACAUACUUGGCACCGCAACUUGCCCCUCGAGUUCCAACAUAUCACUUCCAAAGCUCCUUCCUCCGUUGCCAUCUCUCCGGAUCAAACAUUAAUGGCGAUAGUCUAUCGAAGCUUGCCGCUCUGCCUGUGGGACCUUAACACCCAGCAACAUCUAGGAUUCUGCACCAAGACACCUGAUGAUGGUAGCGACACCUCCAACAACAUCAACUCGAUCUGUUUCAAUUCUGACCCAGGCCUCAAUCUCAUCGCUGUUGCUUAUUGGGAUGGAGACAUCGCAAUUUUUGAAACGACUUCAAGGACUAUGAGAUGUCAUGCGAAGAUACAAACGCAAGUGCUGGCGGUAUCGCCAGAUGGAAAGACGCUAGCUGGCGGAGACUCAAAUGGAAAUGUCCAGCUAUUUGAUUUCGAAACGCUACAAUUGAUGUAUCGUGUCUCUCUCUCUGAUGGAGUAGGUGCACUAGCUUUCACAGGUGAUAGCUUGCGGGUUAUGGAUCUUCGUGGCACUCAAGUCAACGUCUGGGAGCCUGACGCCCUUGUUAGAAAGUGGGAUUAUGCCAACGAGGAUCGAAGCGAAUUUUCUAGCGACGUCUCCGAAAGGACCAUUCAAAAUGCAGGAAUUACUUUUGAUGACCAGAACGAGAAUAUUACAGUCAUCCAAACUGUAUAUGAGGGGACAAUGGCUAUCUGCGGAAGAGCCAGUGGUUCAAUUGCGAUAUGCGACAUCACCUCGAGCGAAACUACAUUCCAAAAGCUAUGCAAACCCAAAGGCAUAAUGAUGGCUAUCCUCUCUUUAGACUGGAAUGAGACUUAUCAGCUCGUCGCCAGUGCCGAUGCUUCAAGUGCUUUUAAAGUUGUCCGUCUCUUCAAAGAAUGCCAGCACACCAUCGAUGUUCGCGAUGAGAUUUUGAAUGCACAGCUGCCAUAUGGGCAACUCAUCACUCAAUUGCUUAUCAGUCCUGAUGGCACGCGACUUCUCGUCUCAUCUUCAACCGCCGACUUUAUCUGGUCACUCGAGACCAGGAGUGUUGUUUCUUCUCGCGAAAUUGAGCACCGGACGGAAUGGAGGUGGCUCACACACCCUCAGGAUAAUACAAAGAUUCUGCUGCUAGAAGAUUCGACGCUUCAAUCAUUCCGGUGGGAUGCAUCAUCAAUUCUUUCUCCGGAUGUAGAAACUCCAAUUUCCAUGGGGAGUCAUCGCUUUGUCGACUUGAAAAGCAUGGUUGUGCAAAAGAAUGAUUGCAAGCUUGUCGUGAAGCUCGGCCUCAAUGUCGAGGGAGAACCCCCUGCUGCUUUGAAUGGCACCAACGAUCCCGUACUUUAUAUACUCGACCUUUCACAGACUGAACCUCCACCACCGUCACUCCAUCCCGAGCCCCUCUUUCCAUCACAAGCUGUGAACCAUACGCCUAAAGUCAAGCUACUUCUAGGAACUGCACCUGGACCUUUUGGUAGCCCUCUAUUACUGUUCAUCUCAGAAACGGGUUGGAUCUGCUCAAUCGACCUGAGAAACUCAUCUCCUCACUCGACAUUUCAGCGCCACUUCUUCAUCCCUUCGGCGUGGCUUAGCACUAGUGCUACAAUUAUCACUGGGUGUACUGUCAGGAAGGAUAUCUUGUUUGUUCGCGGCCAUGAGGUCGCGAUAAUCGGAGGGGGUUUGAAGGCUGCGGAAACAAUCUCAAUUUCUGAAUCCAACUAUACCAACAGCUAUUUAUUGAAUGAAUCUAGUGGUAAGGUGUUCGAGACGGCCAAGAUUGGAUAAACUCGGAACUUGUAUA